ACCACAAUAUCCAUUUUCCGACCAAGCCAUCUGUUUUCUGGCCAUCCUAUAACCCAUUUUCCGGCAUUUCACAAUUUCCCGGCCACCAUCGACCACUUCGAGGCCUCGCCUCCCUACAUACAUUUUCUUAUCACCAAACAAAGGAUUAUUUACCUGAGAAUCAAUAGUUUUCCGGCGAAUUGGCGCCUGAAGAUGAAGCGUUUCUUAGCGUGCAUUGGGCUGGUUAUUCUAUGUGUGGCAAUAAGUGGGAGUGCCCAAAGUGCUACUAAUGUACGCGCAACUUAUCACGUGUAUAAUCCUGAACAGAAUGGAUGGGAUUUGACACGUGUGAGUGCUUACUGCGCCACUUGGGAUGCCGGGAAAUCUCUGGCAUGGCGGAGUAAGUACAGGUGGACUGCAUUUUGCGGCCCUGUCGGACCACGCGGCCAGGCAUCUUGUGGGAGGUGCUUGACGGUGACAAACCGAGGAACGGGUACUCAAAGAACAGUGAGGAUCGUGGAUCAAUGCAGCAACGGUGGACUCGAUUUGGAAGAAGGCGUCUUUAGGCAGCUCGACACCAAUGGGAGGGGCAUUGCCCAAGGCCAUCUCAUGGUCGACUACCAGUUUGUCAACUGUGGCGACUAAGAAUUCACUACUUAUAAUAAAAAUAAAUAAAUAAAUAAAUAAAUCAUGUAAUUGUAUCCCUUAUGUUUGCUGUUUUUCUUUAUGAAAAAGGAGCUAGCUAGUUAUAAGAAAGAGAGGACUCUCUCUAUGACCACUUCUCAUUAUAAACAAAGAUGGACGCGGCUUCCACUAAAA